AUGGCCACCGAGGCAGCGCCCUCGCAGCCCCCCGAGGGGCUCCAGUACGCGACGUUCGCGGGGGGCUGUUUCUGGGGCGUGGAGCUGGCGUUCCAGCGCGUGCCCGGCGUGGUGAAAACGUGGGCGGGCUACACGCAGGGCCAUGUGGAGAGUCCGUCGUACCAGCAGGUGUGCAGGAAGGACACGGGCCACACGGAGGCGGUGCUGAUGACGUACGACCCGCAGCAGGUGUCGUUCGACACGCUGUUCGACACGUUCCUCGCGCGCACGGACGUCACGGCGCUGAACCGGCAGGGCAACGACGUCGGGUACCAGUAUCGCUCCGGCGUGUACUACCACACGCCGGAGCAGAAGGAGGUGGCCGAGCGGCGGCUGGCGGCGGAGCAGGAGAAGCUCGGGAAGAAGGUUGUCGCGGAGUGUCUCCCCGCCAAGACGUUUUACAUGGCCGAGGACUACCACCAGCAGUAUCUCGAGAAGGGCGGGCGCGGGUCGUGCCGGAGACAGAGCGCUGCGAAAGGGUGCGCGGAUCCUAUCAGGUGCUACGGCUGA